GUUUAAACAAAUUUCUGCCUUGAUUUCAGAGAAAGAAUUGCAGGCGAAUUUUCUUGCCGAUCGUGUUAAAUGUACCUAGUGAUUUUUCGCUGCGCGCAUUAAUUGAAUGAUUGGGAGAGGAACGCAGCGAGCUUCAUUUGGUGUUGUAAUUGCAGAGAAUUUUGAAACCCAAGACAAAGUGAGGGUUUUGGAAUUUGUGAAAGGUUGAAGUGAAAAAUUUUGUCUGCAGAUCAUCUUCAUAUAUUAAAAGACUGAAGCUGAAUCAAAGGGGCAAUUGGAGAUCCAAGCAAGCAUGACUCCUGUAAAGAAGAGGAGGAGGAACAGCACAGUUGUAGAUAAUUCUGAACCACAGCAGGUGAUAUGCUCAUGUGAUGAUGGUGCAACAACCUCAUCCUCUGCCUUGCCUUUGUCACUUAAACAAUUGGAGAAACAGUUGGGCUCCUCUCAGUUUUAUCCACCACCAGUUGUUACUCUUUCUACUCCAAGAAGAGGGAUCUGCUUGAGCAAUACAACUCCAAGAGGGAUAAAGAGAAAAUGUGGUUGCAUUGAUGAAACCACUCAAAUUGUGACAGAUCUGAAAAUUGAAUCUGAGUAUCACAUGGGUCCAAUUUUGGGCAGAGGAAAAUUCGGAGUUGUAAAGCUCUGCAAGAACAGGGUUACAGGUGAAGAGCUGGCAUGCAAGACCCUGCCCAAAAAUAGUGCACAAAACGCAUAUAAAGAAGUGGAGAUCAUGCAACACUUAUCCGGUCAUCCUAAUAUAGUAACACUUCAUUCAGCGUAUGAAGAUGCAGAUUCUUUGCAUCUUGUAAUGGAGAUUUGCUCUGGGGGACGCUUGGUUGAUUCCAUGAAAAAAAGAUCAUAUUCAGAGAGGGAAGCUGCGGAUUUGAUCAAACAAUUGGUUGGUGUGAUUCAACACUGCCAUGAGAUGGGAGUUGUUCACAGGGAUAUAAAACCAGAGAAUGUUCUUCUGACCAGUGAUGGACAAAUGAAGUUAUCUGAUUUUGGCCUGUCUGUGCAUGUUGCAAACGCACAAAAUUUAUCAGGUUUGGUGGGCAGUGCCGCAUAUGUUGCCCCUGAAGUUUUGGCAGGGAAAUAUACAGAAAAGGUGGAUGUAUGGGCAACUGGUGUCCUCCUACACACGCUCUUGAUUGGUAGCUUACCAUUUUGUGGUGAUUCUGUGGACGCCAUUUUUGAGGCAGUCAAAAAUGUGCAAUUGGAUUUCCAGACUGAAAAGUGGAACUCUGUUUCUGAACCAGCAAAGGAUUUGCUUUCAAAGAUGCUUUCAAGGGAUGUUGAGAAGAGAUUCUCACCAGAUGAAGUUUUGAACCAUCCUUGGGUUCUGUAUUAUACAGUAUCUGAUAUGGAUCUCUUUAAGGAGUCAAAGUUGAUUUCUCCAUACAAGCCAGACAGAAAGCAAGACACGGAUAAUUCAAGCCCAGAAGAGCGGACAGAGAAGUGCAUCUGCAGGAAUUUACAGUUCCCACUUGUUGAUCUAGUUGAUCAUGCUCUUUUAUCUCUUUCAGAGAAAGACUCUGAAAAGCAAGAAACAAAUAUAGAUCUUGUAGAUGUUCUCUGUGCUGCAAUUUCAGAGAUGAGAAUAUCCAAACAUAAAAAGAGCAGACUCCAUGUGACUGCCUAUCCUUGCCUUGGGCUGAGCCCUAUUCAUUCAACAUUGGCUCUAUGUACAGCGUGCUGAUUGCUCAUUUAUAUUGAUAAACUCGGCUCAUUCUAUAGCUGAUUUUUUGGAUUGAAGACAAUUUGGUCAGACUUUCAAUGAAUUUGAGACCUGAAGAAUUCUUAUUCUGUGGGAGAACAGAAAAAUACUGCAGUUGAAGAGCUUGUACUGCAACCUAAGGUGGUGCUUGGCUGAUACUGUAUCUGUACAGGAUUUUCAAAUGAAUGUAAAUUCCUAUUUUUAUA